AAUGGACGAGAAGUGGUGCAUAGAAUGAUAGUCACUGAUAGAACGAGGCUUGCAUUGAUGCCUAUGUAAAAGACAUUCUUGAUCAGAGGAAUAAUUGAGGAGCUUUUGUGAAUAUGCAUCCAGAUGCAGAACGUUUGCUAACAUAUAGAGCGGUGUGAAUCCGAUGGAUUGCUGUUCGCCAAGAACGGUCCUCGUUUGCUCGAUACUAUCCUCCGAGGGACCAAAUUCUAUUACCGUAUAGAAGGACGGACGCUUAUCCAGCAAUGUCAAAUUGAGAAUCUGUAGCCCGAAUGCUUGAAUCAGAUGUGGGAACAUUUCUGGUCCGAGAGUUCGAAUUUGGUCAUGCGCAGUCGAGCAGUUGUGUAUGUCAAAGCACUGGGAUCUUGCUGGCUGCUGCGUAGUGGGAUGAGGAUAGGGCCUCGAGUUUUUCCCCGGAGGAUUGAUCAUUGGUCUUAAGCAGCGCUUGGAGUGAUCUUAGUUUGUUACUGGGGCUGGCGAUUGUGUGUGGGCGUAAGCAGAAAGGAAGCGAAUCAGGCUCUAUGACUAGUUUUUAGGGCUUGACAUCACCUGCAGCAAUGGAGGAGGAGCGUUCCGCGGCUUCGACACCGUCCUCCAUUUCAUGGCGUUGGGUAUGGGGUGUGAUAUAUAUCAUUUUAGUGGCUUUGAUUUGGAUUGUUGCGAGCUUUGUAGUUCAGUCGGUCGUGGAUAGUGGGGUUUCUCCGUUCCUCAUCACAUAUAUUUGCAAUUCUCUCUUCGUCGUGUACAUUCCCAUCGUCGAAGGUAGCGAAAAGCUCAAGUCUUUUAUGAGACGAAAGGGAUGGAGCAAAACCCUAAAUGAAAAAGCUCGUGAACUUUGUGAGAAGAUCCCCGAAGCCCCACAAUUUGUGACCAAUUUGCCGGAGAGGCAGAACUUGUUGGAAAAUGGCAGAGAAGAAGGGGCAGCUGUCCCAAGAACUAGCGAGGAGGAGGUCAGUACGCCGAGGAAUAACAUAGAAGAUGAGCACGGGUCGGUGGAAGAAGGAAGAAGUUUAGAGCAAGAGGAAGACGCACUGCUUCCCAUUAAGACAGGAACAGCAGUAGCAGUCCUCGAGGACGGCGAUUUGCAGCAGCAGCGACUGCAGGAGGCCGACUAUCAGCCAUGGUCGAGAAAACGAACAGCGUUGGUGGGCUUGACAAUUUGCCCGUUCUGGUUUCUGGCGCAGCUGACGUUCAAUCUCUCCCUAAAGUACACGACGGUCACGUCGAAUACCAUUUUGAGCACUGCAUCGAGCUUGUUCACAUUACUCGUUUCCGUUAAAUUCCUCGGGGAGAAGUUUACUUGGGUGAAGCUGGUGAGUGUGCUUCUCUGCAUGUCGGGCAGCAUCUUCGUGGCUGUGGGCGAUUCCUGGAACGGGAAAGCAGAAUAUGCAUCGAAUGCAGUUUUGGGGGACGUCAUUUGUCUUUCAUCAGCAAUGUUCUACGCGACGUAUACGGCUCUGAUUCGAGUCAAGAUUCCCGAUGAAGACGACGGAAAUGGGAAAUGUAGCACUGCUCUCGUGCUCGGGUACAUCGGACUUUUUAACGGUUUAAUUUUUGGUCCCAUCGCUCUGUUUCUCCAUUUUAGCGGUAUAGAGCCUUUCCAUAGGCUCACUCUCACCCAAUUCGGCCUCAUUAUAGGCAAAGGCCUCAUAGACAAUGUGCUCAGCGAUUACUUGUGGGCGAGGGCAGUGCUGCUUACCACUCCUACGGCAGCAACUGCAGGGUUGACCAUUCAAGUGCCAAUAGCUGCUGUCGUCGACUCAGUACGAGGAAUAGUCCCCUCUCCGCUUAAUGUACUCGGAGCUAUAGCGGUGUUGAUUGGCUUUUUUGGAAUUAACCAGUCUGCCGUUAGUCAUGAAGACAUGAAGGAUGUAAAGAAGGUUGUACACACCGAUGAGAGCAACUUGACGACAGUCUCCCCCGAGGUGUGAAGCUUGCAUUCCGCUUCCUGGACUUGACAAUGGCUCUCAGGGACAUUCUGGAUGCUUUACCAAACGUGUACAUAUUUAUUAUUGUGUUGUGCCUCACACGAAAGGAUAAAUUAUUUGGCUCGUCAUUUGACAACCUUCAUUCACGCAGGUCCAAAAGCAUACUUUAUGUAAAGCUAAACCGGACUUGGGUUCUCAGAUUUUCAGAAACAUCGGCACCUUUGCGCCCGCUAGUCACUGGCGUUUGCCAAAAAGACUCAGUUGCAGGAAAGGCAGUUUCGGUAGAAUUGGAAGGCCCGCAUGUGCUCUCGCCUGAAGUCGUCCACCCAUCAUCAGGCCUCUGUUGUGAUUUCUUCUGGGAAAGCUCGACAUUAUGCCUUUUGGAAGACGAGACUGAAUAACGCAAAUGUCGCUGCGUAAGCCCUGCUCCUGGCUGGUUGGGCGAGAAGAACCACAGAGGUCUGGAAACCCGCCCGCGAACUCGAACAAAAGUACGAAGGGCAGUGUGAAGUCCUGUACAUGGUUGGUUUCCUUCUGCCGUUGUGAAGAAUAUGUGGCCAUGUUCCGUGAAGUUCUUUGGGGCAUCGUUCGUCAAGUUCUUGACAGUGGAACCGGGAAGCAAACCUUGUUGCAGCAUGGCAUACUGUCAAAAGGAGAUAACUGCCAUUAUUUGUCUAUCUUCUCAACUACAUAUUAAUUAAAGUGUAGCACGCACGAUAGUCAAGAGUAGAAACCUUUCGCUUCUCAAGGCCGGGAAUCUUGUCCAAGAUGUCUGAGUCGACGGGAACUAAUCGAAACCUCAUACAGAUUAUAACACCCGGCUGGGUGCCCUGUUCCAAAGUGAUGUCGUGACCUCCCGGUCCGUCGUAAACCCCGCAUCAUCAGAGUCCGGGAGGCUCCAAAGAUGACUUUUUACCUCUCAAUUAUUGUAAUCAUUCUUGGAGACGGAGCUUCAACGGAAGAGGCAGGAGUAUGCGGCAGCCGUAGACAUGAGAAGUGGACUUUUUGGCCGAAAUGGAUUGACUAGGCGCCAUGAAGCUCGCUUUCCGGGUCGAAAGUCAGGACGUGCUGCAGGUGCGCUGUCAAACAACCCGAUCAUUUGUGGACACAUCACACCAUAGUCGCGGUGAGAAGAUGAGUGGAUUUCGGAGUCUGAAGUACACCUGCACGCCUUCUUCUGUAACGACCCUCGGAACCGUGAGUGUCCCCGGCAUUUUCAACCCAUUGCGGGCUGAAGGGUUGCAAUAUCCGUCAUCAGCUCUUGUCGCUAGCAUUUCCACUGCGCGCGAGCAUCUACCGAAACGAUCUUCCUGCCUCAGCUAUUGCAUGCUCGGAGAACUUUCGAGUGGGCAACAAUAUUAUAGCUCUGGACUGGGCAAGAAAGCUGGGAGCGAAACGGAAGGCGUCAAGAUGCCGGCCGCGAUGGUUGAUACAGGUUUCGACAAAUUUGACUCCGUAUUGAAGGCAGCUGAGGUGCAAGGCAGUGGACCGCUUCUGCUGCUGUUUCUUGCUGACCGGGAUAGUGCUCUCGGGAAAAGUUGGUGCCCAGAUUGUGUGAGGGCAGAACCUGUUAUAUAUAGAGUUGUGGAUGGUUUUGAGAAGCCCGUGACUCUUCUCAGAGUGUAUGUCGGAGACAGGCCGACAUGGCGGAACCCAGAACAUGCUCUGAGAAAGGACUCUCGCUUCGCUUUGAAAGGUGUUCCUACCCUCAUCAAGUGGGAGAAUGGUGGAAUUACUGGACGUUUAGAAGACCACGAAGCUCAUGUGGAGGAGAAAGUAAGGAAGCUUGUUUCCUAGGUAUGUACGUUAAUAAUGACAAGAGAACAAUCUGUAUAAUAUGCAAGACUUGGUACUUGCAGUUCUUAAACGUAAAUCAGUCGUGUUUAGUUAUGGCAGCCUACAUUUUCUCAGUAUGCUCGUAGAUGUGAACUUUGUCAAGUUUCAUUCAACGAGGACGAAGGUCAAUAGUUGAAACGCUCUCACUGGAUUAGGUGAGGUAUAUUCUGAAUUUGCUGGACCCAUUAUUGUCAUCGAGGGUGAAUAGUUGAAACGCUCUCACUGGAUUAGGUGAGGUAUAUUCUGAAUUUGCUGG